CCUGCCAGGCGGCGGCUGUUGUUGCUGCUGCUGCUGCUGCUGCUGCUGCUGCCUGGCUCAGCAGCGGCUCUGAGCCUCCCUCACUUUCGGUCUCCGGGGCGGGCCAGGGAAGCGAGGCAAAGCAGCCGCCCAGGGAGCGGCUGGAAAGAGGAGGGGACCUCUCUGCCGGCCCCGUAUCCCGGGCGCCUCGCGGCUCAGGGCAACCUCUACCUCCUGUCCCCUCGGAUCUUUCGCUUUUCAAAAUGGCACGGCCGAGUCCCGCGCCCUGAGGGUGGCCAAGCGGGGAGCGCUCGCCGGGCAGAGCGCUGGGGGCGCUGCGGGGCAGCGCAGCCCGCGCGGGAGCGCAGAAAGCUGAGCGCCUGCUGGAGUCCGGAGCCGGACCGCGGAGCCCUGAAUAGCACCGCGGAGCCCCGAGCCGGACCGCGGAACCCCCAGCCGGACCGCACAACCCCGAGGAGAGCGGGCCGGGCAGCCGGCACCCGGGCCGGAUUUCCGAACAUCCAACGGAGCGCUCAGCGGAGCGGGCAGGCAGACGUCAGAACCCCGAACCGGACCUCGAAGCCCUGAACCAGCCGCGGAGCCCCGAGCCGGACUGCGGGACACCAGAAUCAGCCCGCGGAGCCCCGAGCCGGACCGCGGGGUUUAAAGGGAGGACCUCGGCUGGCAGCCUGCCUCCCUUCUCGCUGACUUUUCUCCAAUGGUCCAAAGUGACAUGUCCAAGUCGCCUCCCAUCCCGGCGGUGGCGGCAGCGGCGGUGGCGCAGGAGAUCCAGAUGGACCUGCUGGAUAAUCCCGUGCCCGCGGCGCCGCUGGGAGCUGCCCCACAGGCUUAUGGGAAAGGAGCCAGAAGAAAAAAUAGAUUUAAAGGAUCUGAUGGAAGCACCUCAUCUGAUACUACCUCAAAUAGUUUUGUCCGUCAGGGUUCGGCAGACUCCUACACUAGCCGUCCAUCUGAUUCAGAUGUCUCUCUGGAGGAAGACAGGGAAGCAGUUCGGAGAGAGGCAGAGAGACAGGCCCAGGCCCAGCUGGAAAAAGCCAAGACAAAACCUGUUGCGUUUGCAGUGCGGACCAAUGUCAGCUAUAGCGCAGCCCACGAGGAUGAUGUCCCGGUACCAGGCAUGGCCAUCUCGUUCGAAGCAAAAGAUUUUCUGCAUGUUAAGGAAAAAUUUAACAAUGACUGGUGGAUAGGACGGUUGGUAAAAGAAGGCUGUGAAAUAGGAUUCAUCCCAAGUCCGGUCAAACUAGAAAACAUGAGGCUACAGCACGAGCAGAGGGCAAAGCAAGGGAAAUUCUACUCCAGUAAAUCAGGAGGAAAUUCAUCAUCCAGUCUGGGUGACAUAGUACCUAGUUCCAGAAAAUCUACGCCUCCAUCAUCUGCUAUAGACAUAGAUGCUACUGGCUUAGAUGCAGAAGAAAAUGAUAUUCCAGCCAACCACCGCUCCCCUAAGCCCAGUGCAAACAGUGUAACAUCACCCCACUCCAAAGAGAAACGAAUGCCCUUUUUUAAGAAGACAGAGCACAUUCCUCCUUACGAUGUGGUGCCUUCUAUGCGACCAGUAGUGUUAGUGGGGCCUUCCCUGAAAGGCUAUGAGGUGACAGAUAUGAUGCAGAAAGCACUAUUUGAUUUUUUAAAACACAGAUUUGAAGGGCGGAUAUCUAUCACAAGGGUCACAGCUGACAUCUCGCUUGCCAAACGCUCAGUAUUAAACAAUCCUAGCAAGCACGCGAUAAUAGAACGCUCCAACACAAGGUCGAGUUUAGCUGAAGUUCAGAGUGAGAUUGAAAGGAUAUUUGAACUGGCAAGGACUUUGCAGUUGGUAGUCCUGGAUGCAGACACCAUCAAUCAUCCAGCCCAGCUCAGCAAAACCUCUCUGGCUCCAAUUAUAGUCUAUGUAAAGAUUUCUUCUCCUAAGGUUUUGCAAAGGCUAAUAAAAUCUCGAGGAAAAUCUCAAGCAAAGCACCUCAAUGUCCAGAUGGUGGCAGCUGAUAAACUGGCCCAGUGUCCACCAGAAUUGUUUGAUGUAAUCCUAGAUGAAAACCAGCUUGAAGAUGCCUGUGAACAUCUUGCUGACUACAUGGAGGCUUACUGGAAGGCCACCCACCCUCCUAGCAGCAAUCCCCCCAACCCUCUCCUUAGUCGAACUCUAGCUACGGCAUCUCUUCCAAUCAGCUCCACCCCUGCCUCCAAUUCACAGGGUUCCCAAGACCAGAGGAAUGACUAUUCUGCUCCCACUCGCUCUGCUUCCCAAGCUGAAGAGGAACCCUGUCUUGAGCCCGUCCGGAAAUCCCAGCACCGUUCCUCCUCCUCAGCCCCACACCACAACCAUCGCAGCGGCCUGGGCCGAGGCCUCUCCAGGCAAGAGACAUUUGACUCAGAAACCCAAGAAAGUCGAGACUCGGCCUACGUGGAGCCAAAGGAAGAUUACUCCCACGAGCACGGAGACCACUACGUCCCCCACCGGGAGCACAACCACCGGGAAGACGUGCACGGGAUCAGCGACCACAGACACAGGGAAUCUCGGCACCGGUCUCGGGAAGCUGACCGAGAGCAGGACCACAAUGAAUGCCACAAGCAGCGCAGCCGACACAAAUCAAAAGAUCGAUACUGUGACAAGGAUGGAGAAGUGAUAUCCAAAAAACGGAAUGAGGCUGGGGAGUGGAACAGGGAUAUUUACAUCCGGCAGUAACUUAAGCCUUUGAGGCAUUUUUGUUUGUCUCUUGGAAGUCUUGUCAAACAGCCAUGUUCCUCAACCACCACCCUGCCCUUGCCCCCCCCCCAAAAAAACACCUCACAAAAUAUUUUGGCUCUCCAUCACAAAUCAAAUGAUAUCUCUGUCUUGUACAGUUUGUAUUGCUGUUGCUUGCAGAGCAAUAGCAUGAGAUAGAAUAUUCACAUCCUUUUUUUAUUAUUAUUAAUGUUGGAAGUGCUCUAUUGACUCACCCGGUACAGUUGCAGGCUUCUGGUGUCGUAUUUGACUUUUACAAAGCUGUUUUUGGUAGCUGCCCCUUGAACAAUAUCUGUUGUCAUCUUCAGGUGGUUAUUAGUGUUUUAAACAAGCUAGAGUUGAUGUGUAAUAAUCUCCUGUGUAUUCAGCAAGCCAGAGUCAGCCUACACAACAAAAAAAAAUUGUAUUUUCUCCCAAUUGCAUAUUCAUUUAAGGACCACUAUCUGUUGCUUGUACCUCUGGUUGACUAAAUUUGGGGGACAGAUUCAGUCUUGCCUUACACAAAGGGGAUCAUAAAGUGAGAAUCUAUUUUCUAUGUACUGGUACUGUGUACUGUAUAUACAGUUUGUAAAUGUUAUUUCUGUAAACACCUUCUUAUUAUAUCGGUUUGAUCACACUAUUUUAAGAGUCCUAUGCCAAGUCAGCAGAUUUGCUUUUGAAUUACAGGGACUGGAAAUAACCCUCAGUUCAGGAAAUUUGUAACAACAUUCAGUCUUGAUACUUUUCCCUCUCUAGUAGAAAGUCUCCUGUACAUAUUGUAAAUAUGUGUGAUUGCUUGAGAUAAAGAAAGGUUUAAUUCAAGAGUACCAUGCCAUCCUUACAAGCUUAUCCUUUUGACCACGAGGUAUGGUAGAGAUAACCAAACUGUAGAAAUUCUAAUCCAUAGGAUUCACACUGAUUGUUACAAACACAUUCUUAGUAGUUGGUGUCUGUUAAGAGUCAUAGCACUGGAGCAUAUGAGCCAGAAAUCUUUGCGUGCAGGCGUGUGUGUGUGUGUGUAUGUGCGCACAUGUGAAUAUAUAUAUGUGUGCACACGUGUGUGUGUUACGGUAAGUUUGAGUGACAUGAUGAAUCUGAAUGCAAAAAAAGAGUCUGUUGAAGAAAAAAUAGAGACUGAUACUUAAAAUUCUGCCCAAUUGGAUUUCUAUUUUGUUGUUCUCUGUUACUUUAAUAAUCCAAUGCGCAGUCAGGGAAUUUGAGGAAGUUUGCUGCCAAAGGUAAAUAGGGAAGCAUAAUCUGCUGGCUCUUUUUGUGAUACUCCCGGAGCGUAAACACAGGCACUUGUUACUGUGAGUGUUUCACUGGAAAUGGUACAAUCUUUGUGUUUUAUAGUACUUGUUUUAGGAAGAAAAGUUUACACAGCUUGUGGAAUUAUUUUGUGGGAAAAUAAAUUUUUGUAGUUUCUCCCACUUCAUUUCUACACUUGCCAAUUACUCCCAUUAAUUCUUGUCAUCUGGUGUUCCUAUCCUUCUACCUUUCACCCAAUAUCUUUCCAAAUCAAACAGUUUUGGUGUUUGUUUGUCAGGAAUCUAGAAAGUGAUUUUUUGUAACCAAAGUCUCUGCUAUUUAGAAUUAAUUGGGUCAAAAUGAAUUGACCUGAAGCACUAGUAAAAUGUGGGGAUAUCUUACUUCACUAGACAUCUGCUUUGAUGAAAAAUGCCUAGAAGAUACUAUCUCCUGCCUUCAGCUAUUCUGCUGUAAAUGAUUGAAAAUGUUGCUAAUAGUUUUAAGACAAAUAAUAUAGAUGUCUCUAAGUGCACAUGUUAUCCAGACAUCACUGGAUGGGUAAUGUUAUUAUUAGGUGUCUGAGUUUUUAACACUUGAAGUUUUUCUGGAAAAAAAAAUGGAUAUAAUUGCCCAAUUUCAAAUAAUGUACAUUGUCAAAAAAAAAUGAAAUUCCAUUUUUUCAAAUGCCCUUGUUUAUUCCAGUCUCUAGCCAAUAUUUUAACCUUUUAAAUUAAAAUUUGUCAUAGAUUUGGCUUUUUCUACUCUUCCAUAUCCCUACUUUCUCACCAUGGUGGAAAAAAAAAAAUCAUACUUUGAAAGGAACUAACCAAAACAAGUGGAGUGCUUUAUCAACCGAUUUCCUGAAUCUUUUUUUUUCUUUUCAGGAUGAGACACUUUUGUAUAUAAUGUAGGUAAAUGAUGCUCAGUAAUUAGAUCUCUUGAACUGUUAAAACUGAUUUAUUUAUUGUACCAUACCAACAGUGGCUAUAAUGGACAUGCUGAAAUCUCGUUGCAUCAGUGAGAACUUCAUUCCAAUAACCUUGCUUUUAAAAAAUGUUCUAGCUAAAAUAGACAGCUAUAUGAUACUCAUCCCUACUGUUUCAACAUAUCAUGUUGGCCAGCUUGCUGGCUCAGAAUCAUUUAUAUUCUUAAAAUGUGACUAAUAUUCUAGACUGCCUCCACCACUUCAUUUCUCUUCCUCCUUUCUUUAGCUUAAUGAGAUUCCAUCUUAUUUACCUUAAGAUUUCCACCACCACCCCCAUUUUUCAUUUCAGUUCCUACUUGUGGAUUCUCUUGCAGGAUUGCAAAUCUUUGAGCCGUUAUACAUGAAAAAUUCCAGUGGACAUAAAUGUAGACAAAGUGACAAAGAAAGUAAUCUCAGGAGCAAUGGGAUUUUAUCAGUUUGUGGAAUAUAAAGCUGUAGUCUUUUCACCCAAGCAUUUUUGUCAUUGAUAUAUUUAAUUGCGGCAUCACAAUUUAGUCAGUCAAUCUUGAGAAAUGAUGGAAAUGACUUACUGUGUUCUUGUCCUAUUCAUUUCCAUUUUUCCUUUCUAUGCUCCUUCUCCACUGCUGAUUUCAUUUACUGUUGCAAAAAGGUGCUGCUAAAUAUAGGGACUAGUUUUAGACAUUGUAUUUUGGGAUGUCACCACCCUUUAAACAUGGUUUGCUAUGCAUUCCUGUUGAGACGUUCACUUGUCAGCAGCCACACAAAAUUGUUCUUCAAUAAUCCUGGUUUUAAAUCAUCCAUAUGAAACAAAUAAAGAGCUGGCUUCUGCACUGUUUAUUAGUAGUAGAAGUAUUACUUGAUUUCAGAACUAAUUAUUUUAGUAGGAAAUGCUUUGUGUCUACUACUGCUUCUGUUAUCAAAUUAUCAAUUUGUGUAGUUCCUUCCUUUGGAAAAAUGAUAGCAAUUCAAAGUUUACUUCCUAUAACACAAGUCCUGCCAUCAUGAAGCUGUUCAAGAGGCAGAUGACACAAUAAACAUCUCACCGAUUUCAUAUGAACCAGGUAAGUGACUUGCUAAAAAAAAAAAAAAAAAAAAAAAAAAAAGAUGCUGGCAGUCCUGACAAAUGGGAAUUUAUUCCUCAGCAAUACUUUGUUUAUCUUUUCAUUUUGUUUUUCAAUUCUGCCUGUGUGCUAAAAUCCAUGAUCAAGAUAAAAAAAGUUACUUUGAAUUUUAUUAUAAAAUAUUUUUAAAGAACAAGCUAUUUGGAUAAAUUGUACUCCACUGGUGCAGUCUCCUCUAUCUGAUAAUACAAGUCAGUUGAGAAUUACUAUUUUUGUUCCCCCUGAAUUGUUUGCAUGGGUUGAGUAGAAUGAAGUUAUAUUCCAUCAAAAGCAGAUUCCCUUCCCCUCCAGCUAACCUAUGAUUUUCCAUUUAUUUUCAUUUCAACACCAUUUAAACUAAAACUAGCUCAGGUUUUGAGAGGAAAAACAAAGUAAAAUGCAUUUGUUGUUAAUUUCAAUCCACUGUCAAUUCUGCAGAACAUCCAUAGUCAACUAUGCAUAUAAAUUCUAACGAAUUUAUAUACAAAUUGUACAAAUUCAAAUUAUAUUUCUUCUUAUCAGCCUACAAAAUAUUCCUUUAAAUUCUAUUUUCAAAUAUCUCAAGAUAUUUAUUUUCUUCUCUUAUGGGCUAUUUAUCAUCACAGUUUGUACUGCCUUUCUUUUAACUUCUUAAGUUUGAGGUUGUUGAGUAUUUUUUUAACUUUUAUUUCAAUUUAUUCUUUGACUUUAGUAAAGGAGUGAAACUCA